ACUCCUAAACUUGUGCUCUGCUGAAGAAAAUAUCUGUGAGACAGCCCAUUCCCAUUGCAAAGACAACUUCUGUCAGUGUAUGGGUGGAUAUCAUGCCAAAAAUGGAGUUUGCAGGCGUGACUGUGACCCAAAUUUCCAAUGGGAAUGCACCAAUGGGAAAGCUUCUUAUGUUGGCGAAAACUGCAUUGCCAAGUAUGACCGCUGUGAUGGGAUAGCACAGUGCCCUGAUGGUUCAGAUGAGGAGAAUUGUAACCCUAAAGAACAAGAGAAUGGAGGAAAAGAGGAGAAGGAACCCACUCCAACUCCAGAGCCCAAGAAAGAAGACGAGGUUGAAGAUUCCAAAGAGGAGAAAGUGAAAGAUGAUAAAGAGGACACAGGUCCUACAGAAAUGCCCCAGAGAGUUGUUAAUGAUGGUGACAGCAAAGGGCAAGAAACUCCAGCAGUUACAGUUCCAACUUCGCCCAGUCCUGCGACCUCUGAGGAAGUGAAACCAGGAGACGAGUCGAGUUCAAAACAACCAGCAACAGAACACCAACCAGAUCAACCAUCCAACCAGGUGAUAACACCCAAUUCCUCAGUUGAUCUCCUGAAUCAGGUCACUGAGGAAGAAGAACAGGCUGCCUCCAGUAGGCAGGGACCCAUACUGGCACUGUCCUUGGGACUUACUGUUAUGGCAUUACUACUGCUCUUUGUUGGCUGUAAAUACAGGAAUAUGAAGAGAAAGCUACGGAGGGGAAAACCCCUGAACUCUAAUGAAGCUGAUUACUUGAUUAAUGGUAUGUACUUGUAAAUGUUUGGGUACAGUGUAAGGGCAUCUUCUUCAGCUGGUUUCACAUACUUCGUUUUUUUAUCGUUAUUAUUCUUUUAUAAAUGUUCUUGUAGAUAUUUCUUUUUCUGAUGUUUAAACAAUUUCUCACCACAAGUGAGAAUACAAUUUUUUUUUUAAC